AGGUCACGGAGUUCGAUGCAACGUAUAGCUUUGCUGAUUUUGAAAACAUGAAAGGAACUUGCAAUCCAACCACAUUUCCAGGGUUAGCUGACGAGACACCACGAGGAAAAACAUUCUCACUCCCAUUAUGCAAACGUUCUUUAACGACAUUACCCAGAAUGCAUCGCUCUCACAGAAAGGGCGAACUUCCUAAUGUGGAGCGGAACCCAAACUUCCGCUAUUCCUUGUGAAAAGAAGCGUUCCGCUCUGACGGUGAUCACACUUCUUAACUAACAAUAGACCUCCAAAAGGCGCUUACGGGGUUUCUUAUUCAGAAAAGCUCGCUACGUAGAGUUUCCCGUCCGCGCGUAUGAGAUAGUGGGGUUGAGCAAAAGGGGCGUAGCCUCUGGUAUGGCAGGCCCUGGCAGGUGGUUGUCAGUCCCUGGCAGCGGGUUAUGGCUACGGUGGUGAUGAAUGAAUUCUCCGGGAGGGAGAGGGAAGAAAAAGGGCUUAAGCGCCUCCAGUUCCCCGACUCGGGCCGCUGGGGCCUCCCCUUCAUCCGCCGCCGGCCCGGCUCCCGCCCCACACCGCCAACAGGCGGCGGUGGCUUCUCCUCACAAGCGGAAUCUCUACUACUUUUCGUAUCCGCUUUUCGCCGUCUUCGCGCUGCUUCGUUUCCUCGCCUUCCAGCUCGGGCUGCUCUUCGCCUGGCUCUGCGAGCGCCUCUCCCGAGGCGGGGCGUUGAUGGCCGCCGCCAAGAGCACCAGCCGAGCAGGCGAUACGCCCGAGUCGGUUCGAACCUGUCACAAGCGCGCCUUCGAGUGCAUCUCCACGGCUCUGCGCAUCGACGAAGAUGAGGCGGGACAAAAGGAACAAGCUGUUGAAUGGUAUAGAAAGGGAAUUGAAGAACUCGAGAAAGGAAUAGCUAUAUUAGUUAUUGGUCAAGGAGACCAUUAUGAUCGAGCUCGUCGCCUCCAGUCUAAAAUGAUGACAAAUUUGGCAAUGGCCAAGGACCGUUUGCAGCUGUUAGAGAAGAUGCAGGCAGUUAAGCCAAUUCCCAAGCUGCAAAUGGAAGUCCGUAGUGACAAUACUAACCUGGUAUGCCGCAAUGGACAUCUCCAGUCAGAAAAUGGAACUGUUCCGAAAAAGAAGGAUCCAUUGUCUCACAGUAGUAAUUCACUUCCUCGUUCAAAAUCUGUGGCAAAGGCUGGAUCCGGAGGAUUUUCUGGGCACCAAAGAACACCUAGUUAUACCGGAAUUUCUAAUUUUUCUGCACCUAGAGUUCCUUCAGCUGCAACUCAGAAGGCUACUCCAAAAAAUAAUAGAACCACCAAGCCUUCUACUCCUUCAUCUGCUGUACGAAAAAAGAAAGACACGAAGAUUUUCAAAAAUGUGGAUAGUAACCUUGCUAAUCUUAUUCUCAAUGAAAUUGUAGACAGUGGGCCAUCUGUCAAUUUUGAUGAUAUUGCUGGGCAAGAGUUGGCUAAACAGGCACUGCAAGAAAUUGUUAUCCUUCCAUCACUUAGACCUGAAUUAUUUACAGGACUUAGGGCUCCUGCACGUGGAUUGUUGUUGUUUGGCCCACCAGGAAACGGGAAGACGAUGCUGGCCAAAGCAGUGGCUGCAGAAUCAAAUUCAACCUUCUUUAACAUAAGUGCUGCAAGUCUGACAUCAAAAUAUGUUGGUGAAGGAGAGAAACUAGUCCGUGCACUUUUUGCAGUAGCUAGAGAACUUCAGCCUUCUAUCAUUUUUAUUGAUGAAGUGGAUAGUUUAUUAUGUGAAAGAAGAGAAGGUGAACAUGAUGCUAGCCGACGUUUAAAAACAGAAUUCUUAAUAGAGUUUGAUGGUGUACAGUCUUCAGGAGAAGAUCGCAUUUUAGUAAUGGGAGCAACCAAUAGGCCACAGGAGCUUGAUGAUGCUGUACUCAGGCGAUUCACCAAACGAGUAUAUGUAUCAUUACCCAAUGAAGAGACUCGACUGCUUUUACUAAAAAAUCUCUUGAGCAAACAAGGAAAUCCAUUAACCCAAAAGGAAUUGGCACAGUUAGCUAGAAUGACAGAUGGAUAUUCAGGUAGUGACUUAACAGCAUUGGCAAAAGAUGCAGCGUUGGGCCCUAUACGAGAAUUAAAACCAGAACAGGUGAAGAACAUGUCUGCUAGUGAGAUGAGAAACAUUCGGCUGUCAGAUUUCAACGAGUCUUUGAAGAAAAUAAAAUGCAGCCUUAGCCCUCAAACCCUAGAAGCUUACAUUCGCUGGAACAAAGCCUUUGGAGACACUACAGUUUGAUCAACAAUUUUAUCAAAGGAGGGGAGAAUAUUGUCAGCAAGGGACAGCUGAUUCAAACUAAUGCUGAAUGUUUACAAGAUAUCAGCAGUAUCUGCACUAAAAGGCAAGACUGAUUUUUAAUAGUUGAUGAUGAGUUCCCUUAACUUUAAUACCCAACAAAUUUUGAGAGCACAGUAAAAUGGGGAAGAGAAUUCUACCAAAUGAAUGAUAGGAAAGAUGUACUUUGUGUCCUUUUUUUGUAUUUUCUAAAGGUUGCUCAUGAUAUUUGCUUUGGUUGUGUUUUUCUUAAUCACUAAGCCUUGUUUUCAGUUUCUUGUGUAUUGAUAAUGUGCCAAAUUAAACAUAAAUCCAUAUGCAUAAGAAUAUUAUUUUGAAAGGUCCACAGUGUAAAGCAUCUGUGUAAUCUUUUCUAUUUGUGAAGUUCCACAGUCAAUAUAGUAAUAUAACAAAUUGGUAUACCAAAUGGCUUAAAGCUGUCCAUUUCUUUCUGCAGGAGUUUUUCAGAGCAUUUAUAAAUAUCCAUAAUAAGAUCUUGUUUUGGUAUCAUAGUCAAAGUGUGAAAUAGUAUUAAUUUGAAUCAACGACAGUUUCUCUUCAGUGCUAGUUUUUGUGUCCACAAUGACCAAAAGCCAGGGAAUUUUCCAUUCUGGUGAUUUUCUAAGAUAUGCAAGUGAUCAUAGCUGUAAUUACUUGUAUAAUUGGUCUUUUAUAUCUACCAUGUGCUUCAGUUUAUAGUUAUACAACCAUUUUUAAUUUUUUUUAUUAAAUCACUUGUAAUAUAAUGGGCGUUUAAUAUUAAAGGAACAGAUGGAUUUACUUCUCUGUCUAAUAAGAUUGGUGUUUACAAAAUGAAUAAUUUAUUCAGUUAUAUGUUUGCUAUAAUAGAAAGGGUAUGAAGUGGAUAUGUGAAUAAAGACUUAAUUCAUUUUUUUAAAUUUAGUAAUUGUGCAAAAGGAUAGAGAAACAGGGAUAGAAGAGUAAGAAAAACAUUUCUGUUAAAAUGUUAUCAUUAGUCUUUGAAAAGUACUUUUAAACUUGAAGCAGGAUUUUAUGAACUUUAUUUAAAUUUUAUUUGACAAUACAUAUUAUUUGCAAAUUAACAAUACUCUUAAUCUUAAACUAAGAUUUUCACAUUUUUAUAGAGAUCUCUUCAGUUGCUUAUUGAAGAAAUUAUGCCUUAUGUGCAAAAGCAAAUCUAAAAAAUAAGAUAUUAUUCUGUUUAGCUGUUACUAAAUUUUGUAUAAGUUAUUAAACCAUCACAGCUUUAUUUAAAUAUAAUAAAAGUAUAUUACUUGGUUCUUACAGCUUGAUUGAAUAGGGCAAGUAUUUUAAUACCUGAAACUAAUAGUAAAUUAAUUGUGAUUUAUCUUUGAGAAUCUGAAGAUCUAGGUUUCAUAGUAUUGUGGAUACCCUUUAAUAUACUUCUCUCUUUUCCUCCAAUUUUCUUUGCUUACACGUAAAGUAUGUGUGUGGGGGAUAUGUACACAUGCACGUCUCCAACUUCAACAAAUAUUUGUAAGAUGUACCUACUAUGGAAUAAAUUUAAAGCCUCCUUUCCUGUUUUAUCUUUGAAAUAAUUUCAAGACCAUAUUAAUGCAUCUGAAUACAGAAAUAAUGCAUAGCAUAAACAUUCUUGCUAAAGCUGUUUGUUAUACAAUGGAGUUUCCCAACAUUUCCAGCUUUGCAGACCAGCAUGGUCGGAGAGGGGAUGGUUCCACACAAGUGCCCGGCAAGCAUUCACGCAAAGCUCCAUUUGAGCAAGCGGCGGGCAUGUGUGCCUGUUGCUCGUGCACAUGGAGUACCCAGGCAUGUGCCUGGGCAAGUGGGGAAUGUGCAUGCCCACGCUCGUCCACCACUUACGCAGCCUGAUUCCAAAGAGUUAUGGCCCAGUAGUGGGCUGUGGCCUGGGGGUUGGGGACCCCUGCAGGAAAAGACAUUUGUGAAAAACUGAUGACACUAGCUACUCCUGCUGUACAUUUCAUCUCUUCAUACUGGCCCAGUAUACAAUAAGGAAAUCUUACAGUCUUAUUUAAAGUUGUAUUAGAUUUAACCCUUGAACAAAUUAUACUUGUCUACAGCUGCCUGAUCGUAUAACUCUUUAUUCUACAAUUGGAUAAUCUAAUCUAAGGUCAUUGAACAUUUUUAUUUUUAAAAUAAAAAUAAAAUUGCCUGAAAUCUCAGUUAGGAAUAUCAGAAUUGCCAUUUUAAAUGUACAAAUACAUCAGACUUCAAAAAAAAAAAGACUGCCUAUGGAGAUUCUCAAUCAUCCAGGUCAGGGUUGUCCCAAAGGUGCUUUUUCGAAAAGGCAACUCAAUUUUUUUUUCACUUCUCAUCCAAGGCUUUAAGUCAGUGUUUCUCAACCUUGACAAUUUUAAGGCAUGUGGACUUCAACUCCCAGAAUUCCACAGCCAGCAAUGUUGAGAAACACUGCUUUAAGUAAAGGCUGCCGUAAUCUGCCUUAUUUUAAUUUAAGGGCUAAAGCAUUUCUUAAUUAUGCUUGUAAUCAAAGCCUGAUUAAUUAAAGCAAAAAUUUUCUCAGGCAAGAAUUGUUGUUAUGCUGUUUGAAUCAGUAUUACUAGGAGAUUUAGAUAUAUAAAAAUAGAAUUAAAACUGCCAAGUCAUUUCGUUUAAUUCCUUUUUAAGCAAGUGCUUUCAGGUGCUUGAACAGAUUCUACAGAUCCUAGUAUAUUCACUGUAUUGUAGCUUAUUUCAUAAGAAUUCAAAUGGUUGAAUUUUUAGCUUUGUGUAUAUUAUCUUUGGUAAAGGCAAUGCUACUUUUCUUAUUCUUAAGCAUUUUUUGGGAGGGGGAACAUCUGAAAUCUCAAUUAUGUAUAAAUAUUUAGCAAAUUUUGAAAUAUGGUGGAAUAUUGUUUGCUUUUAUGCAAUAAAUGUUGCUUUAAGAUAAAGACAAUACUUAAUAUAUUUUCAUUCAAGCCAUAAUCCAGUACUGAUUGUAAGCAUGUCCUUAUUUCAGUUCUCUUUAAUAGAAAGAUGUGUGAGAAACAUAGUUGAUAUUUGUCUCAUACCAUUUUAAUAAUACUUCUGUGUUUUCUAGGAAAAUAGUGUACUAGGCUCCUCCAGGUUUUUUUUUAAUGUGCUAGCUUUAAUAAGAAUCUGAUGAAGGCUCCAAAUUCAUUCCAAGGUGGAUGUAGGAUUUGUUUAUUGAAUAGCAUAAACUGUUGCCUUGUGUAUAUUCAGUUAUCAAGCAACCACCGUAGCAGUUGGAUUUUUAACUGAUGUUUCUUUACAUCAUCUGGGCUUUUAUGUAACGCUUCUUAGAUGUCUAGUGAACAGAUAUCUUAGACAAUUUAAAAUUUUGUUUUCAGAUUUUUCUAAAAAAGGGUUUGUGCUAUUUCAGCAAACAUUUGUAAGAUUACCUACUAUGGAAUAAAUUUAAAGUUUCCUUUAAUUAUGCUAUUUAUGGGGGUGGGGAAGCACUCCUACCCAUACAUAUAACUUCCUGAAAGACCUAACAGGCCUUUGUUACCUUUUCUGUAAAGAAUGUUCUUCUCAAUUAGUUAUCUCAUUUAAUAAAAACCUAACAUGUAAAUAUGUUUUUAAUUUUAAAUCAAAGGUGCUAUUAAAAUUAGGAUUUUUAUUGAACAGAUUUUCAGCUAUGAAGAGACAACUUUGAAUUAAUUUUGAAAAAAUUCUCAUAUUUUAGCUGUUGGUAUUAGCUAUCACAAUAUGAAAUAUUAGGAAAACAGAAUGUGUAUAAAUAUGAAAAAUAUUCAUGUAGAAUUAGAUUGACAAACUUAUUUGUUGAAGUUUGUCUUCAUACUCAGUUUUAUUCCAUGUUGAGUUCCUGACUCAUGACUUGCAGAUCUCUUGCCUACAGUAUUACUUUCUUCUGCUGAUAAUGACUUUGUUAUGGGAUAUUUCCAUUUGCUAGCUCUGAAAUAAGACUAAAAUCUAACUAUUGAAAUUCUAAUUUAUUAUGUUGAAACAGACCUUUUCAUUUCCUCCAUUGUUAGAUUCUAAAUAAAAAUGUGGAAACAGUAA